CCAGACUCGACCUUUAAAUCCCCCUUUUUCUUUUUUGGCGCGAAUUACCAUCGAGUUGUCGUCUCCGAUUCUCUCGACUAUGACCACGGUACCAGAAGUGACCGAUCUAUUCGCAAGGCUCGCUUUGCACCUCAAAGCCCUAAAUGAAGAAGACGUAGAAGAAACUCUCGGUUGCUCCAUUUCAUUGUUUAACAAAUCUCUGAACCUUGAUGAAGAUUCUAGGGUCAGGGUUUUGGACACAGCACUAUCCCUAAUGUGCUUCAAAGCGCCCCAGGUUUUCAAUUCGAUGCUCGAAUAUUUGGUCCAGACGAUUGUCACUGUUUUGUCGUCGUCGAUUUCUUGCAAAGUGUUUAGAGUUCAUACGGACGAGGUUUUGUGGGUCGGGAGUUCAUUUUCGCGCCAUGAUUGUUUGGAAUUGAUUGAAGCGUGCGCCGAUGUCACAUGGAAGUUGGAGGGACACGGGACGCUUUCGCAAAUGUUAUCAUGUGCUCUUGUAAGAUUAGUGAUUUCAGCUUCUUGUUAUCGAUACUUGUUACCAUCAAUUCCUGUUCUUGAUCCAAGAUCAAUUCAUAGAAGAAGCAUAGCAGUUUCACAGCUGCUUUGCCAAUUUCACAGAGAUUUAUCAUUUAAGAAUUACGAAGUACCUUUCAGGUUGCUGUCCUGGUAUCUUGACCCAUUAACUCUAAAGCGUGAUCUUUUGAAAAUUUUUCAAGAUACUACGGAGAGGCCUUUCAUUUCUUUGAAUGAGGAACUUCAUGAGAGGAUGGAUUGGCGCCAUACAAUCCUAUGCUUGUUACUUUCUCCUACUAUGUUUAUUGAGACCAGAGCUUUGUUACAUAGCUGGCUUCUAUUGACGGGUCUGGUCUCUGUGCAAGAAUUUCUAACCAAGUUGGUCUCAAUAAUACUAGAUGUAAUCUCCAGACCCAAUUGGUGGGGCUUCUCAGUAGAAUUAGGAUCAAAGCUUCCAUUUUCUAAUGCAUAUUUUCCCUACAACCACCACUUAUUGAGGAUCUUGGCUGGACCAUUAUCGACUGAACGCCUUAUGCAGUUUUCUUGUUCUUUAAACAAACCAGCUUCACAUGCUUGGAAAGAUCACGUGGCUGCAAUCAAGCCAGCUGUAAUGAAGACUAAAACGAUUGAUCACAAAUCUUCUUGGGCUCUGGCAAUCAACUUCCCAGAUUGGUUCUAUUUUGCUUCUGUUUUACUCUUCACUGAGGAACGUCUUCCAGAAUAUUUUCAUUCAAAAUUCAAAUUGGUGACCGCUAAAAUUGGAGAAACUCAUGACAUGGAACCACCUUAUUCUGCUGCUGCAGCAAGGUACAUUGGAUGGAUUCUGAGCCCCACUAGUAAAUAUCAUCAGGACAUUCUUGUUACUUCUUUAAUUAAAAUAUCAGACUCGUGGACACCGAAACAAUUUGGUUCAGUUUCACAUGACAAAGAUCCAGUAAGUUACAAUGAGAAACCAAAGAGACCCAAUUUGGGUGACAAAAGAGAUCAUACUCUCACAAAAGUGCGUGAUUGUCAAACCAUUGGACUCUGGCUCAAAGAAUUCCAAGACAUAGGAAUGUGGUACUGGAAUGAAACAAUCAACAGUCAGGUGUCUUGCGAGGAAAAAUCACCCUAUGGUCUUAAUUUUCAGCAAAAUGUGCUGUUCAGAAGAAUCCCAUUAGGCGCCUUGAUUGGGUGCUCGAAUAAUAUAGAUGAAGAUGGAUGUCAGAUGCUGCUACAUUAUGCUGCAACUGGGAGAUUACUUCAGCCAGUAGAAACCCAAUGCACUAAAUUGAAACAUGUAAAAUGGAGCUCCGUGGAGUGGGAAGAAUCGGUUAGAUGGACAGAUAAAUUUAAUAAGAGGGAGGCUGUAGCAGGUGCCUGUCUUGUUUUCAGUUUAACAGAUACAGUUGAGAGCAUGUCUGAUUUAUCAUUUGACAGUGAAGAGAGUGGACUGCAAUUUAUUUCCCGGUUUAAGUUAAGGGCUUGCAAGUACUUGAUUAAUUGUAUUAAGAAGUUAAUCCAGCUCACAAUUGAUGAAGAUGUAGUGAUGUUAAUGGAUCUCAGUAGUAGAUUGGCAAAGUGGAGGCAUCAAGGGCAAGAACUGCAACAGGUUGAUAAAGAUCUAGAUGGUGUAAUUAAUAGGUUGAGUCAUAAAUUAUCUUCACUUUAAUAGUAGAUUUUGUAAAGGAAUAGACCCCCAGUUUAUGCAGAAGUUGUUCUUUG